AUGGCGUCCAUCCAUCAUGCCGGCCACGUUACAAACCUAUCGAAUAUAGACUUAUCUAAACUGUCAGAAAAGGAGCGAUGGAGGAUAGAACACCAGCGAUUACAUGAAAAACACAAGGGCCAUGAGGCCAUGCACGCAGAGAUGGUGCUUAUCCUCAUUGCUACAUUGGUGGUAGCUCAGAUACUACUGGUGCAGUGGAAACAACGCCACUUUCGAUCCUAUGAGAGAGCAACUCUCAUAGGGAUGUGGACCAUACCAAUUAUAUUCUGUAUAAAAUUUAGCUGGUUACGAUUUAUCAUUAUAUGGAGUAUAUUCUCCUUGAUAACAGGAUAUGUAACAUUUAGAGCUACUAGGAAACCUCUUCCGGGCAAUACUCCAAGACUAGUAUACAAAUGGUUUAUCAUGAUCCAUAAAGUGAGUUAUUUUGCUGGAGUGACUGGUUAUAUGAUCAUCAUGCUGACUUUGUUAGGACUCAACCUUUUACUUCUCAUCAAACCCAAUGUUUCCAUGGACUUUGGACUCUUACUACUAUUUUAUGGACUGUACUUUGGUGUUGUGUCACGUGAUUUUGCAGAGGUCUGUUCAGACACCAUGGCUGCACAUAUAGGGUAUUACUCAGUUACAGGGCUGCCAGGAAAGAGAUUGGACCCAAAUGUUUGUGGAGUUUGUGGAAAUCCUAUAAUGGUGCUAAAUAAUGAAGAUGCCAUUAUUGAAGAAACUUGUAAACUAGGAUGUAACCAUAUAUUUCACGAGUUUUGUUUGAGAGGCUGGUGUAUUGUAGGUAAAAAACAGACGUGUCCUUACUGCAAAGAAAAGGUCGACCUAAAGAGGAUGUUUCCAAGUCCAUGGGACCGUCCACAUAUGAUGUAUGGCAACCUUCUAGACUGGAUCCGUUACCUUGUUGCCUGGCAACCAAUCAUUAUAAUGGUGGUUCAGGGUAUAAACUGGGCCUUAGGACUAGAAUAGAUAAUUUAUUCCAAAAGUGUGUGUGUAUGUGAUCUCAAUGACCAAUGGUGUAUAAGAAUGAUAUUUUGUUAAAUUAAAAAAUGUAAAUUUUUUGUUGCUUUUUUCAUCACAAUGUUAUCAUUAAAAAAAUAUUGGUAUUCAGGCUUAUCUCAC